AUGGCCGCGCCACCAGUGUUGAUAACAUGUGUUAUGUUUUGCAGCUCUUUCAUGGUGCUUAAUAUUGUGUUAGCAAAUAACUUUUAUCAAGAUUUUGACAUUGUUUUUGGAGAUGGCGGUGCCAAGAUCCUCAACAAUGGCCAUCUUCUUACUCUUUCUCUCGACAAAGCCUCUGGCUCAGGCUUUCAAUCCAAGAAUGAGUAUCUAUUUGGCAAGAUAGAUAUGCAACUCAAACUUGUCGCUGGAAACUCUGCCGGCACUGUCACUUCCUACUAUUUAUCUUCUCAAGGAUCAACUUGGGAUGAGAUAGAUUUUGAGUUCUUGGGAAAUUUAAGUGGCAAUCCUUACAUUCUUCAUACAAAUAUAAUAACUCAAGGCAAAGGUGACAGAGAGCAACAAUUCUAUCCCUGGUUUGACCCUACUGCAGAUUUUCACACCUAUUCAAUUCUUUGGAGCCCCCAUGCAAUCAUCUUUUAUGUUGAUAACAUACCCAUCAGAGUGUUCAAAAACCUGGAGAAAAUCACUGUACCGUACCCAAAAAACCAGCCCAUGAGGAUCCACUCAAGUCUCUGGAAUGCAGAUGACUGGGCAACAAGAGGUGGUCUCGUCAAAACAGAUUGGACUCAGGCUCCUUUCACAGCUUCUUUCAGGAACUUCAAUGACGCCCAAGGUUGUAUAUGGCGUUCCGGGUCAAAUUCUCAUUGCACUUCAAAGACUUCCCCGUCAUGGUUCAAUUUAGAGCAGCUUGAUUCAACGAGCCUGGAGAAACUCAAGUGGGUUCAAAAGAACUACAUGGUUUACAAUUAUUGUACAGACAAAAAGCGUUUCCCAAGAGGCUUCUCUCCUGAGUGUGCUGCCACUGGCGCGCCAUAAAGAGAUGGAAUGCACGAGAUUUUGUGCAAAAAUUUAAUACUUUAUUAUUACUUUUCUUGCUU